GAUGCAGUAAAAUGAAAAGUUAAAAAACCCUAUAAAUUGUGUGCAACUCCUGCAUAAGUCGGAUUGUAUAGGCCGUGUGUUACUUUAUUCAUUUUGACAUGAAAAACAUACUUCUCAUCACCAUCAUCACAUAUAAAGGCUAAAGCAAUGACUUUCAGGUCUGUUGCUGUGCUACUUGCCUCCUUGGCAGGUAUCGCACUUGCCCAUGAACAUCACCAUGAUGGACCGGCAGAUGAUUCCGUACCAAUCGAUACGAUCUUAUGGAUGCACAUCGGGGUUCAAUUUAUCGCUUGGAUGUUUAUGUUCCCUUUAGCAAUGAUGCUUGGAUUAACACGACACAAAUUUCAUGUUCCAGUUGCAAUCAUGGCACUCCUAAUGACAUCUUCCGGUUAUAUCUUAGGACAUUCACAUGGCGGACGCUCUUUUCCAAGAACGGCACAUGGAUCAGUGGCUAAUAUUUUGAUCCCUUUACUUGGAUUGCAAGGCGGUUUGGGCGUUUAUCUUAAAGCGCAUUUGAAAUGGAAAGGAGAGAAUAAAGUUCGACCUGUAGUCAUCUUCGUUCAUAGUCUUGUGGCCAAAUUAUUCGUCAUUCUUGGUUGGGUGCAAAUGCUAUUAGGGAUCAUCACCUUACGUUCUUGGUGUCGAGGAGGUGCAACAGGUCAAUGUUUGGCGCAUCACAUUAUGGGCUCCGCUUUUAUCGCUUAUGGAAUCAUCUUACUGAUCAUGUUAAAGAUUGGUGUCGAUUGGUUGAAACGUAGAAGUAUGUCACAAGAAAUGUUGGACAGCUCAGUCAUCUUUUUAUGGGGUUGCGUCAACGCUCUUACUGAACAUCACGGUGGACCAUGGACACAUAAGGACUUGCAACAUACAUUGAUGGGAGUUUUGUGGGUCUUUGGAGGUGCAGCAGGUAUGUGGAUCAGUAGAAAAGGCAAAAGAAGCGUUGUACCUGCAGUCGUGAUCAUUUUGACGGGAUGGGCAAUGAGCGGACAUGCACAAAAGUUAAUGAUUUCCACCAUGAUCCAUGCCUUGUUCGGCUAUACUUUGAUGGCAGCAGGAAUUGCUAGAAUCAUUGAAGUCUGCUUCUUGCUAGAAGACCGCCCAACUGGACACACUGAGGAAGUCCAGGAUGCAAGCACGACAAGAGCGCCACCUGCUCAUCCAACCGAAGGACCUUGGUUCCCAAUCCGAGCAUUCCAAUAUCUGCCAAUCUGGCUAUUGUUCGCUUCAGGUGCUCUUUUCAUGAGCGCUACAGACGAAGAACUUCGUUGGGCAGACAAUCAAGGAGUUGAUGCGAUUACGUGGGGAUUGAUCGAUUUCAGCAUUGCUUUCUUCUUGUUCUUCUGGGCAAAUGUCUUGAUUGACUUUUACGUUAGUCAAGGUGGUAUGUAUGGUUCAAGAACAAAGGCAGCACAAUCAGCUGGAUCAGGUAUUGCUCUGGAAGGAGGAGCAGGAUCAUCACAUAACAGUAAUAGCCUGUAUGCCCGACUCAGUCUGGGUGAUCAUCAUACAGGCAGUUCCAACUCAAACGAAGAGAGAACGGCUAUCGGUAGCAGUGGCGGAAGUAGUGAUUCGCUAGAAAUGGAGAGAAUCAAGAAUUCCAAACGUAUACAACAACUUCGCGAGAAGAAUGACAAAGACAGUCCCAAUCACGUCCUAUUCGAUGGUGAUGAAGAAGAAGACGAGGAGGAUGAUCCGUUUGACGACGAUCGUAUCCAAGCACGCAGGGCACGUUCUUGAUCAUCAUCAUACAUGUACAUUUAGUGGAAUA